AUGUCGCAAGGAACACUUUUCGGAAAUGGCCAGACCAGGGCUAUCUUGCCUGUUGGUUUGGUUAAAGCCUUCAAGUUGGAUAUUAAGCUUGAGCCAAAGGACUCAGCGGAGCAUGUCAAGAACUUCCCAUUGAAGAAGGUCCCAGCUUUCAUUGGUCCUCAUGGAUUCAAGGUCCACGAGGUUAUUGCUGUUCUCUACUACUUGGUCAAACUACACGACGAGAACUCCCCUCUCCUUGGAAAGACUUUUGAGGAGAAGACCCAGGUGUUGCAAUACUUGUCUUUUGCAACAUCCGACUUCAUGACUGCUGUCAGCACCGCUAUUGGCGGCAUUCUUGGCAGGGUUCCCUUCAACAAGAAGGCAGUGCAGGAGGCCAUCCACGAGGUUGACCAGUACACUGAACUCUUGGAAAAGAGAUUGGUCAACUACACUUACCUUGUUGGCGAAAGAUUGACUGUCGCAGAUCUCUUCUUUGCCACAUGCUUCUUCAGACCAUUCACUCUGUGGUACGGAUCGCAGUGGAGAAAGGAGCACAAGGUUUUGCUCAGAUGGUUCAACACUGUCACCAAGUCUGAGUACAUCGAGUACUUCUUCAAGGACCUCAAGCUUGCCGACACUCCAAUUACUCACCCAGAGCACAAGAAGGAGAAGAAGAAGGGUGGCGAAAAGAAGCAGCAGCAACAGUCAAAAAAGCAGAAACAGAAGCAGGCUGCCCCACCUGCACAGCCUAAGAAGCCAAAGCACCCAUUGGAGGCUUUGGGUAAGAGCUCCAUACCUAUUGACGAGUUGAAGAGAUACUACUCGAACCAUGAGACAAGAGAGGAAUCCUUGCCUUGGUUCUGGAACGAGUUCUGGGAUCCAAAGGAGUGGUCCUUGUACAAGGUCGCCUACAAGUACAACGAUGAGUUGAAGAUGGUGUUCAUGUCCAACAACUUGAUUGGUGGUUUCUUUGCCAGGCUCUCAGCCUCUACCAAGUACUUGUUUGGAUGCAUGGUUGUCUGCGGUGAAGACAAUCACAAUGGUAUUGUUGGUGCUUUCUUGGUCAGAGGCCAAGAGUACAAGCCAGCUUUUGAUGUUGCUCCUGACUGGGAAUCAUACGAAUUUACCAAGUUGGACCCAACUAAGCCAGAGGACAAGGAGUUCGUCAACGACUCUUGGGCUUGGGAUAAGCCACUUGAGAUCGACGGUGUUAAGAAGGAAGUUGCCGAUGGUAAGGUCUUCAAAUGA